UUUUCACAAAAUGACUGUCUAAUUUCUUUGUGGUCGCUGAAGGAAAACAACUAAAAACAAACAGAAAAUUGCGUUUACUGUGACGUUAUCAAAAUGAGUGAAUUAACGCCGGAUGAGAUUCGUCGUCGGCGACUGGCCAGACUAGCUGGAAAUCAGACGACCAAUACUGCCCCAGACACACCCCCUUCUGGUGCCAGUCGGGCAUCGCCCAUGGUGGAGGAGUCGGCAUCAGACCAGGCAGCAGGCGCGCAGGCAGCUGCCACGCCCCCUAGUAGUUUAGGCCUCGACUCGGUGCCAGAUUCACAGCAGAGUAUGGAUCUUGACUCGGAGAAAACUCUUCAGUCUCAGAUCGACGUUGACUCAGGUAUAGAGACGAUGGAAGUUGAAGAGGUUGACCAACGACCAGAAGUAAAGAGGAAACGGGAUGUUAGUUUCGGCUCGGAGGCCAGUGAUGACCAGGUGUUGAGUGCAAUAUCGCGUGUGUUUCUCGUCUCAUGGAAAGACAAAAAAACGGAUCUGUUACACGUUCCCCAUCUUGCAGAAACUAUCGAAGAAAGGGUGAAAAGUGGUGAGCCUGAUUUCCAUCAGGUGGUCCACGAGAUUGUCAUGGAGAAUCUCUGGCUGAUCAACGAAAGCUCGACCAACCCGAUCCUCUCUCUCAAAGUGCCGACACCCACCUCCUCCCCGCUCAAGUCUUUGAGCUGCAGUCCGCGCAGCGUGAGCCCCAUGAUGUCGCCGGAGCCGAGCAAGCGCGAGUUCUUGUCGCGGUUUCCCCCAGCCGAUUGUAAGGAGACAGACAUGAUCAACUAUCUUCUCGACUGUUACGACCGAGUCUCUGUCGAGGAGAGGACGGCGCCAAAAUACUACAAGGAACUUUCACCAGACCAAGGUAAUUACCAUUACUGUGUAGAAAUCAGUGUGUGUCACACGUCGCUAGUACUACAAGGAACUUUCACCAGACCAAGAUCACAGUGUGGCAUGUCACUUCUCGUUCCGUUCCUCGUGUCUCGCAAUCUCCCGCGAGGAUUCCUUCCAGAACUCAUCCAGACAUUGCACCACGACGACGACAGCUUUAAGAAGGUUUUCACGCCGGUCAUACAGAAUGUGGUGCGUCUGAUUCAGACGAUGUCGCUAGACUCGGACGAUUACCGCGAGCCUCUCUCCGCACUGUCGGAACUCUGUGAAAUCAAGAGUGGCAACACCAGGCCCGCCUGUAACUUGAUGACUGAGCAGGUCAACUGGUGCGCGGAGCCCGUCAGUCAGGCCCACGGGAUGGAGCUGGAAAAAACGUCGAUCCUCGGCUCGGUUCUUAGUCUUUCAGUCUUCGCAGAGGACAACAUAAAAGUGGUGGAUAAGUUUUUCUCAGGACACCAGCUGACUGCUGACAACCUCCGACUAGUCAACCAGUCUCUCCAACACAGACUGGAGUAUGUGCGGGCGGAGGUGUUUAAAAUAGUUCACGCACUGCUCGUGAACUCAGAAACCCGCGACACAGCAAUGGGAUAUCUCAGUGAAGCUCUUAACAGAAAUGCUAAACGUGCACAAAUACAGGUUGACGAGAGGUUCGUGGCGGGAGACGGGUUCAUGCUCAAUCUCAUGUCCACACUCCAGAUGUUGUCUGUAAAAAUCGUCCUCGACAAGGUUGAUCCGUUUUAUCCAUUCCAUCCUAAUUCGCGAGUUGAUGUGGAGUCGGAAUCUCGUCUCAGCAAAUCAGCACAGGAAGCCGAGGAGUGGAUUAGUGAACUCAAGAAGAGUAAGAAGCCGCCAUGGCACCAGGACAUCAAGUUUCCCACCGAGUGUUUCUUCCUCACCCUCCACUGCCACCAUCUGUCGAUCACGCCCAUCAUCCGCAAGUACCAGCGGCGCCUGCGAGCCAUCCGCGACCUCAAUCGCAUGGUGGACGAACUCGAGUCGGCCGAGAGUCAGUGGAAAAUACUGUCGACCGCCGGGCGCAACAAGGAACUCAUCAAGAAGUGGAAGUCACAGCUCCAGAGACUACAGAAGGGCAAGCUGUGCGCGGACGCGGGCGUCUUGGAUCACACGAUGUUACGACGCUGUCUCCAUUUCUACACCCAGGUGGCCCACUUCAUACUGAGGGCAGCCGAUCCACAGAAUCAUGGAUCCAAGUUGCCGCUGUCCACAGAAAUACCUAUGCAAUUUGCCGCACUGCCCGAGUUCUAUGUAGAGGACAUUGCAGAUUUCCUGCUGUUUGUUCUACAGUACAUGCCCCAGAUCGUGGAUGACCCCGGGACGAGCCGGAUCCUGCAGCUGUUGGUUGUGAUGGUCUGCAGCUCAUACAUCUUCAACCCGUACCUGAACGCCAAGUUGGUCGAGGUGAUGUUCGUCCUGCAGCCAGCCGUCCAGCCGCGCGCCGAGAAACUCAACGAGGCCCUGCUCAUGCACCCCCUCGCCAUAGACUUCCUGGUGCCCGCCCUCAUGCAGUUCUACACAGAGAUCGAGACGACGGGAGCGAGUAGUGAGUUCUACGACAAGUUCACGAUCCGCUAUCACCUCAGUAUUAUCUUCAAGACCAUGUGGACAAUACCCGCACAUCAGAUGAAAAUGAUAUCAGAGGCCAACAAAGGCAAACAGUUUGUGAAGUUUGUCAACAUGCUGAUGAAUGACACCACGUUUCUACUGGACGAGAGUCUUGACUGUCUUAAACGCAUUCACGAGGUCCAGGAGAUGAUGGAUAACUCCACCCAGUGGGAGGCGCAGACCAAGGAGCAGCAGCAGUCACGGCAGAGACAGCUGGCGAUGGACGAGAGACAGUGUCGGUCGUACCUGACGCUGGCCACGGAGACCGUCGACAUGUUCCAGUACCUCACCGAGAAGAUUCGCCGCCCAUUCCUCACACCGGAGCUUGCCCAGCGCCUGGCCGCGAUGCUCAACUUCAACCUGCAGCAGCUGUGUGGCUCCAAGUGUAAGAACCUCAAGGUGAAGAACCCCGAGAAGUACGGCUGGGAGCCGCGCAAACUGCUCAACAGUCUGACCGACAUCUACCUCCACCUAGACUGUGACGACUUCGCCACUGCCAUCGCUGACGACGAGCGCUCAUACCGAAAGGAGCUGUUUGACGACGCCCUGUCGCGGAUGAUGAAGGCGCACAUCAAGACUGAGUCAGAGAUCCAGCAAUUCAAGGCACUCCAGAACCAGGUGGAGGAAAUCGUCACACAGAAGUGUCAGGCCGAGCUUGACUACGGGGACGUUCCAGACGAAUUUAAAGACCCGCUGAUGGAUACCUUGAUGGAGGACCCAGUGCUGCUGCCCCCUAGUGGCAACAUCAUGGACCGAUCCAUCAUCCUGCGACACCUGCUCAACUCGCAGACCGACCCAUUCAACCGGCAGCCGCUCACAGAGGAGGAGCUAGUUCCAGAGACCGAGCUGAAAGCACGAAUUGAAGCAUGGAAGAAGAGCAAACAAAGGGGAAAUAACCCAUGAUCUUUCAAGUCAUUUUGACAAACUGCAUUUAACAAAGACAUUUGUUUCUAUCAGUUAAAUACCUGUAUUUAUUACACCCUUCCCUUGCCGUGACUUUUUGUAAAGUCACAGGUCUGGGUCAGAUGGAAUGUUACUGUAUUGGUCAUGUAUUCAAGCGGUUAAGAUAAGUGGCUCUUCUU